CAGACACAGAAGCUUCACAGUAACAAAUAAACCAAUGGACUUAUUCAACUCAGGUCUUGGUAAAAACAUCACCUUUGCUCGACCUGCAUAUUUUAUCAUCAGUGGAUUUAUUGGAAUACCUAAUGUCAUAUAUUACUAUGUCUUUCUGUGUAUUGUGUAUAUUGUGUCAGUGUUGGGAAAUACAGUUGUGAUGACUGUGAUCUACUUGGAUCGUAGUCUAAGAACUCCUAAAUAUAUUGCAGUUUUUAACCUGGCCUUUGUAGACCUGUUUGGCAGCACUGUUCUGGUACCAAAGGUUCUGGACCUGUUUCUGUUUAACCAUCGUCUCAUCUCCUACAACGACUGUCUGACGUUUCUCUUCUUCUGUUACUUAUAUCUGUCGUUGGAGGUCUUUAAUCUGAUGACUCUGUCCUACGACAGAUUGAUUGCUAUCACUUUUCCACUGCACUAUCCAGUGAUGGUGACUAACAGGUUCAUGUUUUCACUGAUCACUUCUUUUUGGCUCUUUGUCAUCACUGUUAAUCUAACAGCAGUCGGCCUCUUAACCAGACUGUCCUUCUGUAACUCUAACACUGUACUUGUCAACAGUUACUUCUGUGACCAUGGAGUGAUUUAUCGUGAGGCCUGUAACGACCAAACACCUUCAUGGGCCUUUGCUAAGUUGGCAGCAGCUUUGUUUCUCUGGAUCCCUUUGUGUUUUAUCUUAGCUACUUACCUGUGUAUUGGCUAUGCUUUGAGUAAAGUAGCUUCAGCUAAAGAAAGAGUGAAGGCCUUGAAGACGUGCACAGCUCAUCUGUCUUUGGUGGCCAUCUAUUUUGUCCCAGUGUUAAUCACUUUUACAUCAGCUGGGAAUAUUACUGCAAAUUCCAGGAUCAUUAACAUGUCUCUCACUUCCAUUGUUCCUCCCAUGUGUAACCCAAUUAUUUAUGUUCUUCAGACUCGAGAGAUAAAAACGUCAGUAAAAUCCCUGCUGAAAUUUCGGAAAAUAUCCAAGUGA